ACAGUACAAGAGCGGAAGUUGACGUCAUGCUGAUGGACAUUUCCAUUGGGAGUGCAGUGUGGUAGUCAGUGGUAGCCCGUUUCGUUCACGAUUUGGCAUCAUUUCGUUUUCUAUUUAGUUAUGGUAGACGAACCUUGCAUCAAUUUAUGAGGGACGGCCUACUAUAUCGAUCUUCUUUCGAGCGUGUUUAAGUUUUGGAUAAAAACUAGUUUCAUCCUGACGAUCAUUUUCUGAGAGUAAUGGCUGAUGUUGAAGGAAAGAAAUUAACAGAAUUACGGGUGAUAGAUCUUAAAACGGAAUUAGAACGUCGUGGCCUCGAUAAAACGGGUAAUAAAGCAGCCCUUUUGGAACGUCUUUCUAAGGCAAUUGCUGAUGAAGGAGAGAACCCUGAUGAAUAUCUGAUUGUUCCAUGUGGUGGAGUUAGUAAAAUGAAUCCAAGGAAAAAUAGUGGGACAGGGGUAUCAAGUCAGGAAGAGCCUAUGGAUACCUCUGAUACACAGAAAGAAGGAAAUUUGGAUACACAAGAAAUUACAGAUAUCAAGCCUAAAGAAGAAAUAGCAGAACCUCUUGUAGAAAAUGAAGUAGCUUCAUCCAAAAAAGUGGAAACUCAGGGAGAAGAUCAAAAGAAAGUACCUAAGAUUGAAGAGGAAAAGCAAGAAGUCAAAGAAGAAGUACAGAAUGAAACGAAUGGUGAAACGAAAGAUACAGAGAAGAAAAGUGAUGGUGAAAAAAGCAACAGAAGUCCUCCUGCUAAUCCCCUUGUUGCCAUCGAGGCAAAUGGUAUUGACAAUGAAGAUUCAAUAAAUUUGACAAUUGGAGAGGAUGAAGAAAACCUCCUUGCCGAAGAGACUGAGACUCACGACAGGCAGAAGGAUGGAGGAGAGAAGAGAACGGAAGAGAACAAAAAAGGAGACUCUAAAGGGAGCGGCAGAGCAGACGGUGGAUCCAACAACAAGGAAGGGACGUCGUCCAGCGCAAACGUCGGGAUGAAGAGCAAGCAGGACGGUGGCGAUGGAGGCAAGAGUGGAGACUCCGGCAACAAGAACCCAAAGAGAGAUGAUAAAGCAGAUAAGAAAAUAUCACCAAUCAGCCCAGCUAAUGCAAGUAGUAGAAACUUGUGGGUAUCUGGAUUAUCGUCUACGACUCGCGCUACUGACUUGAAGCAAAUAUUUUCUAAAUAUGGCAAGGUGAUAGGAGCCAAAGUGGUGACUAACGCUCGAACUCCCGGUGCCCGAUGCUAUGGGUACGUUACUAUGUCAACCAGUGAGGAUGCUGCAAAAUGUAUACAACACUUGCACAGGACAGAACUUCACGGUCGUGUGAUAUCUGUUGAAAAGGCAAAGGGUGAUUCUCAGCAGAGCCACAUGAGAAAGCGCGAAUCGAACAGCGGAAAAUCGGACAAGAAGGAAGAGAAGGAGAAAUCCAAGGAAAAUCCUGAACCAAACGAGAGAAAGGAAAAGGAAGUGAAAAAGGAGACAGAAGAAAAAGUCUCCGAGUCGACCAAAAAGUCCGAGGAGAACAGCGAGGUCUCCGAUGAGAAGAAGGCGGAAUCCUCCGAAAAGAAGGAAGAGCCGUCAAAGGAAUCAGAUUCCCGUUCAACAAAGUCUACGAGCAAGAAACCAGAGAGCGAACGUGGAAGACGUGAUGAGAAGAGGAUUCGUACCUGGGAGCAUCACCGCUCUCAUACUCGUUCGCGAAGCAGGGAACGUCGCCGUCGCGACGACAUACUGACAUUCGCAAAAAUAAGGGAGGAACGCGAGAGGCAGAGACUACGCGAGAGGGAAAGGAUGUUACGUGAAGAGGAACGACGACGACGGGAGGACAUGGAACGUCAACGUGAGAUUGAACGUAGACAGCGAGAAGAGGCUGCGCGUCUAGAGAGGGAACGCGAAAAGUUAAGAAGAGAGCGAGAAAGGAUUGAGCAAGAAAAGGCCGAGCUGCUGCGCCUUGAACGCGAGAGACAGAAAUUGGAAAGAGAAAAGCUUGAGCGGGAGAGACUGGAGCUGAAGAGGCAGCAGAUGCGACUUGAGGAAAGUCGGCGUCCACCACCGCCACCAUCGAUCAAGAGAUCUUCCAGCGAUAGAAGAGACCCUCGUGAUCUUUACGUGGAACCGGAUAGAAAACGGAUCACUACUGAACAUAGUCGGAGACAUAGUCCUGACCGUGUGUCUGAUAGACGUCCAGAAAUCUUGGAUAGAGUUUCCGAUAGACGAUUAGAUCCUUCGCCACCAUCUCGAUACGAAUCCACCAGAACGGCUCAGGAUAUAGGAAUAAAGAAGGACUUCAAACGAAGUGCCGACUUCCCAUCUCGCAGCAACCGUCCUGAUUCAUUUCCCGAAGUGACCCGUGGUAGAGAGGUGAUAGUUCGUCGCGAGCCACUUCCAUCACAGACAUCUUCUAUCGAUCCGCGACAAGUAAAGGAAAGAUACGAUCGUUCAAGCACCACAACGUAUGGCAGAGAACGUGAUGUUAGACGAUCCGAAGCUGAAUCUCAUAGAAGUUCUCGUGACAGUCAUACUCGGUAUAGUGAAAGCACGAAACCUCCAGGAUCCAGUGCACCUCGUGACAGCCGAUAUGGCGACAGCAAUCGAACUACUAGCGGUUGGCAUUCUGCGCCACAAUCGGCGAAAUCGUUCAAUUCUGUACCAAGUGGUGGACCUCGAGAUCCUCGCGGUGAGACAUCUAGCUGGAGCGGUCGUUCCUCCGAUAACGUUAACAGAUGGAGCAACUCCAGCAAUAUGGGAAAUACUAUGAGACAUCCCGGACCACCGAUUUAUCAAGGAGGACCAAUUCAAUCAAUUGGAUUAACUGCUCCAGGAACAGGACCGUCGUACGAUCGUUUCGAUCCGUACAAAUCAUCUAUGCCGAGCAUGAGAAAAUAUUAACGAUUUUCUUGAAUGAUCGAAUACGAUGGAGGUACGAAGAGGAAGUUCCUCGCAAUGUAUUUGCGAGAGUAAUUAAAAGCACGAGUUUGCUUCUAUAAGUUUAGACGUUAAUUAUCAUAAUUACUGGGAUCAUAUCGAUCUCCUUAAUAAUGAUAGUUUUUAUUAUAAUAAUUCAUGUGCGUACCUGACACGAGUGUCUUAAGUCCUUUCAAUUACAUAGCUGAUUUCCUGCGAGACAUUUGUAUAACAUUACCAGAAAAGGCUGAUCGCCAUUUUAUUCCAUAAUUCGCUUCUGGCCAACUCUUAUAGGCUGAUCAUCGUCAAUGUUUUCUUAUAUUUAGAUAUAAAUAUACGUACGAGAUCAAAAAAGAGUUUCGUCAGAAAUUCUUACUUGGCGCACAGUAGACUUAUUUCCCUCGUGUCUCAGGAGCUCGUAAUCAAUUGUGAAUAACAUUAUGAACUGUAUACAUAUUACGUUUCAAAAUGAAUUGUACAUCGAGAGCAUUAAAGGUUUAUUUCUUUGUACACAAGGUACGUAUACGCAUUGCAAUGUAGUAAGAGAUAUCACUACUUCAAUAAAUAUAUAGUCUUUAGGAAGUAAA